UUGCCUUCCUAUAAAUAGCCCAAGCAGAUCAUCGAGUCUUCUAACGAACAAAAAAACAUACACUAAAGCUACAUAUUCUUUAAGAUACAUAAUUUCUCGAUUGUCCUGAGCCCUCAGAUCAAAAUCUGACCAUGGACAAGGUGAUGAGAAUGUCAUCGGAGAAAGGAGUCGUAAUCUUCACGAAAAGCUCAUGCUGUCUCUGCUACGCCGUGCAAAUCCUUUUCCGUGACCUUAGGGUUCAACCAACAAUCCACGAGAUCGACAACGAUCCUGACUGCCGAGAGAUUGAGAAGGCCUUAGUUCGUCUUGGCUGCGCCAACGCGGUUCCUGCGGUCUUUGUAAGUGGCAAGCUCGUGGGUUCGACCAACGAUGUCAUGUCGCUUCACCUAAGUGGCUCUCUCGUUCCCUUGAUCAAGCCGUAUCAGUCAUUUCAUAACUAGAAAAACAAUCGAUGCAUAAGAAAGAUAAUUAGUAUACGUUAAUUGGAUAGUGAGAAUAAUGAUGGAAAGAUAUCACGUAAAUGUGUAUCAGGUUCUUAUUUAUAUCGAGUUUAGCUUAUGUCUAAGAAAUUAAUUAGCUAGCUUUGUAUUUCCAGCUUAACUAAUCGGUGGAUGUACUGAUCUAUGUGUGUUAUCUAUUUAAUGGAAAAAUUAUUGAUCAAAUGUUAUACUGUAUUUCGUUU